AUGGUGAGAGUUCAUGGUCCUGGGCCCAAAUAUGCCUUACCCUCGACUAUUGGGGCCGGUCAGCUUGAUCCGACACUAGCACAAGCUCCUGCGUUUUCAUUUGGAGUCAGAACAGUUGGGUAUGGUAGAGUUAGAGCCAAAGCUCCUGGGCCAAAAUAUGACACUCGAGGCUUCACUCAACAUGGCAAAUUGACAACCCAAGAAACAUCAAUGCUGGACAGAUGGAAAAGUUCCAGAUUAGGUCGUACUCCAGGACCGAAAUAUGACAACUCCACAAAGUUAGUAGAGCCAUCACCUCCUGCUUAUUCAUUUGGGAAUAAAAGGGCCGAUCUUCGCAAAUCAAAAGUUGGUCCUGGACCAAAUAAAUAUGCUCCACCGACAAGCAUCGGUCCAAGCAUUCCCGAUUUAAAAGCAGAACCGGCAUUUUCAAUUUUGGGUCGUAACUUUUUUAAAACAAAGCAACUAACUCCAGGACCUAAAUAUAUGUUGCCUGAAAAUAAUGUUUACCUGAAAACACCUCCUCGUGUCCCUAUCCUUGGACGACUGCAUCAGAAGUAUAAAUCUGGAACCCCGGGGCCCAAAUACAACCCCAUUCCUACAUAUGAAAAACGAGAAGCUCUGAAAGGAAUCAGCUUUGGUGUGCAACAUUCUCCUGAAAAACACUUGGUCUAUCUCCCUGAAGACAAAGCUCAAGACACAUUUGUGUUUUAGAAGUCUGAAAACUUAAUCAUUUUAGAUAAUACAUACAAAAUAACAGAAGUUUUAUAAAAAUAUAAUACGUAAUUAAUGA